AUGGGUUUGGUUAGAUCAUUAUGCUUAUUCAUUACCUUUAUCAGUUGCCUAGUCAUCACGGUUCAUGGCCAAGCCACUGCAAGGCCUGGUCCUGUUUCUGGCACAAGGAUCGGGUUUUAUGCGACCACGUGUCCUAACGCCGAAACCAUUGUCCGAAACGCCGUGAGAGCUGGUUUCAGCUCUGACCCGAGAAUCGCACCUGGAAUAUUGAGAAUGCAUUUCCACGACUGCUUCGUCCUAGGUUGUGACGGUUCGAUCCUUAUAUCCGGAACUGACACCGAGAGAACCGCCGGACCAAACGCCAACCUCCGUGGAUUUGAAGUCAUAGACAACGCCAAAACGCAACUCGAAGCRGCGUGUCCAGGAAUCGUCUCUUGUGCUGAUAUUUUGACCUUAGCCGCUCGUGACACUGUCGUCCUCACUAGAGGAACAGGUUGGCAAGUACCAACGGGACGUAGAGAUGGUCGAGUUUCUAUUGCUUCGAACGCUAACAAUCUCCCUGGUCCUCGUGACUCCGUCGCGGUUCAACAACAGAAAUUCUCCGCUCUCGGACUUAAUACUCGCGAUCUCGUCGUUCUCGCCGGAGCACACACGAUCGGAACAGCGGGAUGUGGUGUAUUCAGGAACAGGCUAUUCAAUAGCACCGGACAACCCGCGGAUCCAACCAUCGACCCGACAUUUUUGGCACAACUUCAGACACAAUGUCCCCAAAAUGGUGAUGCUACGGUGCGCGUGGACCUCGACACUGGAAGUGGAACCACUUUCGACACUUCUUACUUCAACAACCUAAGCCGUGGCCGUGGAGUCCUUCAAUCCGACCAGGUGCUUUGGACCGAUCCAGCCACUAGACCCAUAGUCCAACAGUUGAUGAGUCCUASAAGCACCUUCAGCGUUGAGUUUGCGAGGUCAAUGGUCAGGAUGAGUAAUAUCGGUGUYCUUACGGGUGCUAAUGGGGAAAUUCGUAGGGUUUGCUCUGCGAUUAAUUAG